AUGGACCAUCAGCACGACGACUUCGACAGCGUUUCCUGGCGACAUGAUCCAGACAGCGAUAUCUCGCGUCCCACGACCGCUGGUACGGAUGCAGAGGAUACCCAAGAGCACACCCACGAUGUCAAUGGCAAGCGGAGACUAAGCUCAGCAGCACAAGAAGAGCUCCAAACAGGGCCUUUGGCUGACGCUGUCGACGCGGGUAUGGGGGAUGGGGUGCUUGAAUGCCGAGUGGAUUCGCCCCUGAAAGAGAAUGAUGGUACCAAAGAUGCAUUUAUAUCAUAUUUAGUUACGACACAUACCGACUUUAAAUCUUUCCAAAAACCCGAGUUCUCGGUUCGCAGACGAUUUACAGACUUCUAUUUCCUAUAUAAGAUGCUCUACCGGGAUUAUCCCGCCUGCGCUGUGCCGCCGCUGCCGGACAAACACAAGAUGGAGUAUGUACGAGGAGACAGGUUUGGAUCAGAGUUUACCACUCGACGGGCGUGGUCAUUGCAUCGAUUCUUGAAGCGCCUUACGCUACAUCCAGUACUCCGCCGCGCUCCCUUACUGGCUGUAUUCCUCGAGUCGCCGGACUGGAAUGCGCAUAUGCGACUGCGAUCAGCUCGCACAAACAGCACAUCGGAUGGCAGCGGCCCGAGCAUUUUUGACAAUUUUACAGAUACGUUUGUAAAUGCUUUUACGAAGGUCCACAAGCCUGAUCGCCGGUUCAUCGAGGUCCGGGAAAAGGCAGACAAACUGGACGAAGACUUAAACCAUGUCGAGAAGAUAGUUGCUAGGGUUGCGCGCCGUGAAGCCGAUCUCGAAUCAGACUACAACGAUCUUGCGACUCAAUUCCGGAAACUAGUCCCUCUCGAGCCCGACGUGGAGGUGCCGCUGCAGAUAUUCGCAGCGUCCGUGGAUGAAACAGCCCGGGGAUUCAAAACACUCAAGGAUCACACGGACCAGAACUACCUGGGCUCCCUCCGCGAUAUGGAAGCCUAUAUAAUCUCUCUCAAAUCUCUCCUCAAAACGCGCGAGCAAAAGCAGCUCGAUUUUGAAGCCUUGGUUGACUACCGCAACAAAGCAGUUGCCGAGCGCGACUCCCUUGCGAACAACCCGUCAUCCUACUACGCCUCGAACCCGCUCACCUCAUCUCCCGCUUCGUUCAUUCGCUCCAAAAUGGAGGAUAUGCGCGGUGUGGACCACGAACAGUCACGUCGGGAACGUGUUCGGAAGCUUGAACUCCGAAUCGACGAGCUUACGCGAGAAGUCGAAUCGGCCAAAACUACGUCGGAGAUGUUUGACGAAGAGGUCGUACGCGAAGUCGGUGACUUCGAACGGAUCAAGGCAGUAGAAUUCCGCGAUACGCUGGGCGCUCUUGCGGAGAAGCACGUUGACUUCUAUCAAGGCGUGCUAAAUACAUGGGAGCGGUUUAUCGCCGAGAUGGAAGGCGAGGUUGAGGGUAACCAGGACGGGCCUGGUGCGCCUGAAUCCGACAUCAAGGAUGGCGCAGUGACGAAGUGA